UUGUCUGAGGCACAUUAACUACAAUGUUAAGGGUGGAUGCUUUUAUUUGCUUGGUUCAGAAGAAAUCCUUUAUAAAGCUUUAUACCUGCUUGUCAAGCCCCCAUGAAGUGGAUAAUAGGCAUAUGCUUCUGAGUACUUGGAAACGCAAGCAAAAUGGGUUCAAGAUUCUCGUGGCUUGUUCUGCUGGUCCUCAUCCAACUGCCAAUUCUUAUCUCUCCACAGGGACAAAUACUGAGAAAGAAAGCAGUGCUAUUGAUUGUGGCCUUGAAGAAUUUAGUUGGCCCUCUCCAAAUGAUGAAAUCCCAUUUUGGAAGAAGGAUUUUCCUUUAUGGGAUGUUAGCCAAGAAGUUUUUGAUGACACAGAGAAAGAUCCUGAUCUUAUGCACAUAAUUCAUGCCACAGCUGAAAUGGCACCAAUAGCAAAAGUUGGUGGGCUUGGAGAUGUUGUAACUGGUCUUGCCCGGGCCUGUUUAUUGCGUGGACAUAAAGUGGAUAUAAUGCUUCCUUUCUAUGAGUGCAUUCAGAAGCAGCAAAUUAAUGGAUUGGAGUUAAUGACAACAUAUAAUUCCUAUCACGAUGGACAAUGGGUCCCUACUAAUGCAUAUCGUGGGGUAGUUUCGGGUAUCCCAUUGAUAUUAAUUGAACCAUCCAACCAUUUCUUCAAGGGUCCUGCUGUAUAUGGAGGUUGUUACAAUGAACUGGAGGCAUAUCUGUUCUUUAGCCGUGCUUGCCUUGAGUGGAUGCAGGUGACAGGGACAGAACCUGAUAUCAUUCAUGUCCAUGAAUGGCAAACUGGUGCUUUACCUCUACUGUACUGGGAUAUGUAUCAAUGCCUCUCAAUCAAGAAACCAAGACUGCUGUUGACAGUCCAUAAUAUGGAACACUAUGGGGAGUGCAGCAAAGAUCAGCUAAGCAAGUGUGGUCUUGAUGGAUCUUUGUAUGCAACUAUUGACAAGGCAGUUGAUGAUCGAACUAUUGGUCACAAUCCAGAGAGGUUAAGUUUACUGAAAGGUGGCAUUGUUUAUAGUAAUGCAGUUGUUACAGUCUCUCCAACAUACCUUAAGGAGACACUGUGUUCUGGAUGGCUUGCAAGCACGCUGAUAAGAAAUCGUGAUAAGUACCAUGGUAUUUUAAAUGGAGUAGAUACUGCCAUGUGGAACCCUGCAACAGAUGUUUUCUUGCCAGCUAAGUUCCAUGCUGAAAAUAUUGAGGGGAAAAGGAUAUGUAAGCAUUACGUUCAACGAGGACUUGGUUUGGCUCCAAAUGGCAGUUUAGUUGGUUCCUGUCUUUCCAAUGAUACAAACAGAGUACCACUAGUUAUCUGCAUUACAAGAUUGGUUGCUCAAAAGGGUCUUCAUCUGAUUUCUCACGCAAUCAAGCAUAUUGAAGAACUUGGUGGGCAGAUGGUUAUACUGGGAAAAGCUUCAGAUAGCCGAGUUGAAAGAGAAUUUGAGAGCCUUACUAAUUUGCAUAACCAGGGUACCAGUGUAAGGAUCCUUCUGACAUAUAGUGAGGAGCUGUCUCACAUGCUCUAUGCUGCAGCUGAUAUGGUCUUGGUUCCUUCCAUAUAUGAGCCUUGUGGGCUUUCUCAAAUGAUCGGCAUGCGUUAUGGAGCGGUACCUAUAGUAAGGAAGACAGGUGGCCUUGCAGACACAAUAUUUGACAUAGAUGAUCAAUCAAAUCAGGAUAUGGCAAAUGGUUUCAUCUUUGAAGGUAUUGAUGAGGGAUCCUUGAAUGGAGCUCUAAACCGUGCAUUUCAUCAUUACAAAGAAGAACCAGAUCGAUGGAACACUAUUGUUCGGAAGUUGUUGAAGAUAGACAAUAGUUGGAAUAAUACAGCUGGGAAGUACAUCAGCGUCUACAACUCCAUAAGAGUGAGAUAGUAAUCUGUUAAAAGCCUCAUCAUUUAUGUUAAUCCCUCCCCCAACAAAAAUGGCAAAAAUAGCCAUAGUAUUGUUGUAUUUUUCUGUUGUAAAUUCUAUUUUAAAGCAACACUCAAAAUUCAAUCUAAGGGCCAUCAUCAUCAUCUAAA